UAAGCAACAGCUAGAAGUGCCUUGUCAUACACAGACUUUUGUUCAAGGAGUGAGCAGUGAGCAUAAGCCAACGGGCAAAAUACUGUACCAUCAAACAUGUCUGACGCAAGAAAAGUGAAAUACCUGGAUCCACCUACUUGGAGCAUGUGUUGUCAGUGCAAUUAUGUAUUGACAAAACCUUUGCAGCUGCCAUGUGGUCAUCUAGUCUGUGAGGAAUGUGUUGAUGGUCUAUUUGGAAAUGAGACAAUGAUUUCAUGUCAUGUCGAUAAAUGUGGAGAUCAAAUUUUCAAAAAUAAGGUGUUUCCUGACAAACACAUCGAACGAAAACUUCAGAACCUCGAUGUGUACUGCACUAAAAGGGAAAAUGGCUGUAUGGAGGUAAUGGCUCUAAAGGAUCUUCAGAAUCAUUUAUUAGCUGACUGCGGGUAUAUCGGAGAUGAAUGUCAAUGUGGAAAAGCAAACAUCAAGGUAACCUCUGUUGACCUCCGUUUUCACGCCAAAUGUACCGGCUUUUCAAAACCUUCUAAAUGUUUUCCAGUGAAAGAUUUUAUUUUGGGUAGAUGUUACUUGUAUAAUUCAUUUACACAGGCGGAAUCACGAGACGCUUCCAUUGGAGCCUCCAUUCUAGAAGAACACAAGAGAAUGAAGGAAACCAAAAAGGAGACAUUUGAGCAAGUUCCAGAUUUAAAAAAUCAAAACGAAGAAAUAGAGAAGGAAAUCCAGGAAGCACAAGAAAAACUUCGUCAGUUUAAUUGUUUGCAAAAGAAGAUGACCUCAGUUAAUGACCGUUUGAACCAGAUCAGUCGACGACUUUAUCAUCAAGAACGUGCAAGUUACAACGGAGUGUUCCUGUGGGAAAUCAAGGAAUACAGGCAAAGACGUCUGGAAGCAAAUGAAGGUGAAAAUAGUUCCCCAUUCUACUCAAGUUCUUUUGGAUACAAGAUGUGUGGACGAGUCUACCUCAACGGAGACGGCGAGGGCCGUGGAACACACUUGUCGUUCUUUUUUGUCAUUAUGAAGGGCGACCUCGAUGCCCUUUUACCGUGGCCAUUUCAGCGGCGCGUAACUCUGACACUGAUGGAUCAAGACACUGGGACACGGAACUUGUCUGAAACUUUCAAUCCUGACACUAUAAGCAACAACUUCAGAAGACCAGAAUCGGAAAUGAAUGUUGCUUCAGGAAUUCCAAGAUUUGUAAAACAUGGUAUUUUGGAAACACCUACAUACCUUCAGAACGACACAAUCUUCCUGAAGAUAGAGGUUGAUGCGGGCAGCAUCAAUGAAGGCGAUGCUUCUUCAUUCCACGGUGAUGAACACAAUGUAGAAUGCACAGAGGAAGAAGGUCAACAAUCUAGGUAAACAAGGUACCUUGGAGCGAACAUUGAUUAUUGGUUGAAGUUUGAUAUCCAACCAAAGACUCUUUUUUACUAUUAUAGGGCUAAUUAUACACUUGGCGACAUUGAACAAUUUCAUGAAAAAAAACUCUGAAUGAAAAUUUUUCCUGUUCAAGGAUUUUGUAAUUAUU